AUGUCCCGAAGAGACAGCCCACAGUUCGAGAUAAGACCCAAGUCUGAUGCAACGCACAAGGCAGUUCAAGCCACUCUUGACGGAGUGACCUCGAACCCCGAGACAGGAGUAGCUGGCUUGGUCUUUGCAGCAAUCAACAAAGAUGGCGAUAUCUUAACAGCCAACGCAUCCGGCAACCGUGGUUUGGAUACCAAAGAGCCCAUGACCUUGGAAACGACGUUCUGGAUUGCGAGCUGCACCAAGAUGAUCACUGCAAUUGCAGUCAUGCAGUUGGUCGAGCAGGGCAAGCUUGACCUUGAUGAUCACAAACAGCUGUACAAGCUGUGUCCAGAGCUGGAGAAGGUGCAAGUGUUGACUGACGAUGGGAAAUUGGAAGACAAAGAGGCUGAGAUUACAUUGAGGAUGCUCUUGUCACAUACUGCAGGUUUCGGAUACGAGUUCUUCAACAACAAGCUGAGAGACUACGGUCGUCCUGUUGGCUUCGACGUCUUCAGUGGUGACCCAGCCGAGGUUCUUAGGAUGCCUCUGGUCAACCAGCCGGGUAGCAGAUGGGAGUACGGCAUCAACAUCGACUGGGCGGGUAUCGCACUCGAAAGGCAGACUGGCAUGACCUUGAACGAGUACAUGCAGCAGAAUAUCCUCCAGCCUCUUGGGAUCCACAAUACGAACAUGUUCCCGACCAAGGAAAUGAAGUCCAAUCUGGCAUCUAUGCAUCAACGCUGGCCAGGUAGCCCCCAGAAGGCUGCAGAAAGAGAUCAUGUAUACCGCAGACCAAUGGUUGCCGAAGGCAAAGAAGAACAAAGCAAGAUCCUCUGCAGCGGUGGUGCCGGUCUCUUCUCUCGUCCCACAGAAUACAUCAAAGUGCUUGCCGUCCUGUUGAACGACGGCACGUGUCCCAAGACGAACAAACAGAUCCUCAAGCCCGAGACCGUCGAGCAAAUGUUCGAGAACCAGAUUACUCAGAUGCCGGACUUUGGUCGCCGAGGCAUCCCUGACGCAAAGCCAGAACACACGAACCCGCUCGGAGACUUGUACCCGCAGGGUGAUGUCGCACAGGUAUGUCNNGGCUGGUGCCUUAGCGCGAUGUUGACCAUUGAGCCUGGAGUCACGGGUCGUGGGAAGAACACCGCAUUCUGGGCAGGCAUUGCCAACUUGUUCUGGUGGGUGGAUCGUGAGAAGGGCGUUGCCGGUAUGAUUGCCAGUCAAGUCAUGCCUUUUGGAGAUCCCAAUGUGAUGGGAGCCUGGUUCGGAGCAGAGACCGCGGUGUACGACAAUUUGGGUGCGUCAAAGUGA